CCCUGAGAGGCCCCUCACUGCCCCCAUCAUGGCAUCUGCUCUCAUCGUCCUCCUCCUCGGCUGCUGGCUGGCACGGCACAGCGAGGUUUGGGGAGGGCAUGAAUUUCUCAAACCCACAAUCUCGGUGAGCCCCAGCAGGGUGGUGGCGCUCGGGGGAAACGUCACCAUCCGCUGUGAGGGUUGGUACCUAUCCAUGAAGUUCUUUCUGCGUAAAGCUGGACACCCAAAACUCCAGGUGCGGAUGGUGCCUGAUGGGACCGUGGCUGAAUUUCCCAUCCCCAGUGUCGGCCGGGAAGAUGGAGGGAAUUACACCUGCGACUAUCACUCCAUAACGGAUCAGAAUCGCUGGUCAUAUCCCAGCGACCCCGUCAAGAUCAUUGUAGCAGAGCCCAGCUACCCCAAACCUAGCAUCUACCUGAGACCCAGCGGGGGGGUCUCCCUGGGGGGAGCCGUGACCGUCUGGUGUCGGGGGCAGCACCUGGGCGUGCGGUUCGUGCUGAAUAAAGAGGGACGCCAUUUCCCACCUGUGGAUUCGGACAGGUUUGAGGCUGUGUUUCCCAUCAGCAACGUGCGCUGGGAGGACGGCGGGAACUACAGCUGCUCCUAUCACAGCAGAUCGGAGCCGUUCGCCGUGUCGUACCCCAGCGACCCCGUGGAGCUGGUGGUGAGAGAUCCCAACUUACCCAGACCCUCCAUCUCUCUGAGCCCCCCUGGGGUCACCGCCCCGGGGGCAGACGUCACCAUCCGGUGUCAGGGGCAGCGCCGGGACGUGAGGUUUUUCCUGCACAAGGCUGGAGACCAGAACCCACAGCGACACGUGGACCCUGCUGGGGACGGGGCCGAGUUCCGCAUCCCCACUGUGGGCUGGCAGCACGGAGGGAGCUACAGCUGCAGCUACCGGCCCCGAUCAGAGCCCUUCGUCUCCUCGCAGCCCAGCGACCCCGUGCAGCUGGUGGUAGCAGGGCGAGAAUACCCCAAACCCAUCAUCUGGGUGAGCCCCAGCAGGGUGGUGGCGCUCGGGGGAAGUGUCACCAUCCGCUGUGAGGGUCGGUACCCGGGCAUGGAGUUCUUUCUGCGUAAAGCUGGACACCCGAACCCGCAGGUGCGGUCGGUGCCUGAUGGGACCAUGGCUGAAUUUCGCAUCCCCAAUGUCAGCCGGGAAGAUGGAGGGAGCUACACCUGCGACUAUCACUCCAUAACGGAACCGAAUCGCUGGUCGUAUCGCAGCAACCCCGUCGAGAUCAUUGUAGCAGAGCCCAGCUACCCCAAACCCAGCAUCUACCUGAGACCCAGCGGGGGGGUCUCCCUGGGGGGAGCCGUGACCGUCCGGUGUCGGGGGCAGCACCAGGGCGUGCAGUUCAUGCUGAAUAAAGAGCGACGCCAUUUCCAAACUGUGGAUUCAGAUGGGUUUGAGGCUGUGUUUCCCAUCAGCAACGUGCGUUGGGAGCACGGCGGGAGCUACAGCUGCUCCUAUCACAGCAGAUCAGAGCCGUUCGCCGUGUCGUACCCCAGCGACCCUGUGGAGCUGGUGGUGAGAGAUCCCAGUUUACCCAGACCCUCCAUUUCUCUGAGCCCCACUGGGGUCACCGCCCCAGGGGCAGACGUCACCAUCCGGUGUCAGGAGCAGCACCGGGAGGUGAGGUUCUUCCUGCACAAGGCUGGAGACCUGAACCCGCAGCAACACAUGGACCCUGCUGGGGACGGGGCCGAGUUCCGCAUCCCCACCGUGGGCCGGCAGCACGGAGGGAGCUACAGCUGCAGCUACCGGCCCCGAUCAGAGCCCUUCGUCUCCUCGCAGCCCAGCGACCCCGUGCAGCUGGUGGUAGCAGAUGGAUUGGAAUCACCGGCACAUCCGGGUCUGACCAGCCCCAUCAUCGCCGGGGUGAGUGUGGUAGCUGCUGUCCUCCUCCUCCUCCUUGUGGCCUUCGUCUGCUUCAGAAAAACCCAAGCCAGAAAAGGAGCCGCACCGAGACUGAGCAGCCCUAUGGUGGCAUUAAAGGCACCAGCUCAGGAAGACCCCACCUACGCCUCCAUCGAUGAAGGGAAAGAGACACAGACCUUGGAGCCCGACCCCGGCACCGACGGACUCACCUACGCCGAGCUGGACGGCCAGGUGCUGCAGGCCAAGCGGGGGGGCCCGGCCCCUGCCCCUGAGCCCGCCCAGCCCAGCGUGUAUGCCGCGAUCAACGUGAGCCAGGGGCCCCACAGUGAGAGCCCCCCGUAG